AAUACUGUCAAAACAAACCUAACCUCAAAUAAUUUUUACAAUUAUAAAUGUUUAUUUUUUAACUCUUGUAAUUUCAUUUCCUUAUUUCUUAAAGUGAAAAUGUCCAAAGACACUCACAUAGACCGUGAUCUGGACCUGAGUAAUGCGAAUCGCGGCGUCUGGUUGGUAAAAGUGCCAAAAUAUGUGGCCAACCGAUGGGAAAAAGCCCCAAAUGACAUGGAGGUGGGCAAAUUAAAAAUAACAAAGCAACAGGGACAAAAACCUCAGGUAUCUUUAACUUUAUCCAAUGCUAUCUUAAACUUAAAUGAGGCAGGCGAAGAAAGCAUACCGAAGGACCACAGACUGGACGUUUCUACCGUUACACAGCAGACUUUAGGGGUCUUUUCACACGUUAUACCUGAAAAAACUGACUCAGUAGUACCUGAAACUGAGAAGCUGUACAUGGAGGGUAAAAUAGUGCAAAAACUAGAAUGCAGGCCAUAUGCAGAUAAUUGCUAUAUGAAACUCAAACUAGAGUCCAUCAGAAAAGCUUCUAUGCCCGUGAGAAAAGUGAAACAAUUAGAGAGGGUCGUGCAGAGCUACAAACCAGUUUCAGAUCACAAAAAUAAUAUCGAAUAUCUGGAGCGUAAAAAGGCCGAAGGGAAAAAGGCGAGGGACGACAAAGACGCCGUCUUGGAAAUGCUAUUUUCUGCCUUUGAAAAGCAUCAGUAUUACAACAUCAAGGACCUCGUCAAAAUCACCAAGCAACCGAUAACAUACUUAAAAGAAAUUUUAAAGGAAGUUUGUAACUAUAACUUGAAAAACCCGCACAAGAACAUGUGGGAACUGAAGCCUGAGUACAGACAUUAUCAAAAACCAGAUGGGGAGACUGCUGACAAAAAAGAGGGGGACUCCGAUGAUGAUUGAGGUUGGAUGAAACAUGUGUUGAAAGGAUUGAUGAUGGAUUUAAUUAACAAUUAGUUUUUUUUUUUAAUAGAUUUAGUAAGAGAAAGGACUUGUUUAACCCAUUGAAUAAUAAAGUGUUUUACUUUACAA